ACGCAAUCGGUUCGCAGCACGCUUGGUGGUCGCUUAGUAUCCAGUGUGUAGUGGAAGUAUAAAAAUGCGCGUCGCAAACGCUUGAAAGGCGCUUCGCAAAUUUACGAACGAACGCGUGCGGUAAAAGCGAAGCGAGUGUGUCGUCUACUGACGAGUCUACAACAACAGCUUUUGUAAUUACUUCAUGUAGGCAAACUUUCGAAUGACAGUGUUGCCAACAAACCAGAAAAAGGAAUUAAUGUAAUUAACACAAGUGCAUAAACGACAGCGAAGAGCAACUAAAGCGAAAGCGAAAGCAAAAAGCCGAAACGACUGAAAAACGCAAAUCAAAAAUCAAAAGCAACGAAAUUAACGACCAACAACAACAAAAAAAAACAAUAGUGCUGCAAAGCGAGAAACGCAAAGGAAAACUUUGUCUGUACGUAUGUAUGUGUGUGUUCGCGUAAUGCGCCAACUGAAAGUGAAAUUUCACAAGUGCAAACUCACCAACACACACACACACACACCGUCAACCACCCACCGAACCACAUAAAAUAAAAUAACAAGCACUUGAGUGCACGUGAAUAUAGAAUUGUGUAUUUGUGGCGCUUGUUGUUGGCGCAUGCAGGCGGAAAACGAGCGUUAAACAACCGCCUACCGCGGCAGCCAAAGCAAGCGACAAGCGGCAAGCGACGAAGAAGCUGCCACAUACGAGUAAGUGCAUACGUAAGCGUGUGAGUGCGGUGAGCGCGUGCCAAACGGUGAAUGAGUCGGCAGACAGUCACACAAACACACACAUAUAUAUGAAUAAACAACAACAUAAGUAAGGGUGUGUGAGUGUGUGCAGCAGCUGCUGAAGCGUCAACGGUGGCAUCUCAAGAAACUCGGUGGUCGUAGUAGCACGUCUAAAAUAUCAACUGCAAGAACAACAAAAAAAAUUAACAACAAUAACGAAAAAUUAAUAUGAAAAAACAACAAAAAUAAUAACAAAAACAGUGAGCAGUAACUCUCAAAAAGCAAAUAAUAACAAAGUGAAAGCAGCAACAACAACAACAACAACACAAAAAACAUUUGAAACAACAACAAAAACAUCGUCAACAAACAGCACGCUUGCCAUGAAGCCCGGUAGCAGCAUCAAUCCCACACGGCUCGUACAUCAUAGCGACGGUAAUUAAAAACUUCAAGUGUAAAUGAAUGAGUUUAAUGGACCAAGCCAGAAAGUGUAAGGAAACAAAGAGCGGAACUCUAAAUAUAAGUGAUUAAUACCAAAAUACCGUCUAUGCAAAUCAGCUGAUUUCUACAAUCAUUAAAGCAAGACGUCUUCAGCAUUACGAGCUGGCGUUGCGGGCUUUCUUCUGGACUUCAAUAAACUACUUGAAUAAUAACGGAAAUGUUGCCGCUGUAAUAAGUUGUGAAAAGUGUCAAACAAAAGGAGCAUAAAUCAAAAAAGUUUGAAGGAGUGCCGAAAGGGAGCGCAUGGAAGAAAGAGUAGAAGAAACAGCACUACAAACACUAAAGGCCCAUAAUAAAUAGUUACAACACAAAUACGAACGCUUAAUUAAAAAGCAUAAGAGAGCCCAAAGGAAGCUUUUCUAAAGCUCAUAGAAAAAUAUUGUAAACGAAACUCGUUUAUAAAAGUGAUAAAGCGGCACAAACUAGCAGAAAAUUUGCACAAAUUUCUAUAAAAUAUUUUCUUUUAAUUUUAAAGCAAAAAAGUUUGAUAAAAAGCUUAAUUAAAAGUUAAUAACUAUCAACAAAAUUAAAAAUUAUCCACAACUGUGAUCGAAAGUUUACGUUUCAAAGAGAAAAAACCACAAAGGCACUGUAUUCGACCCACACAAAUUAAGCCAAAGCCAAUUACAAACUCUUCACCAAUAAAAAGCUCAAAAAGCUCACUUCACAUUAAGCACACUAGGCAUAAGAGACAGCACUUCAAAAGCAACGGACAAAAAAUGCCACAAAUCAAGCCACUGCUCAUCAUAUUCCUUUUCGUGGCUACCCAAUGUCCCAACUCAAGCUCACAGAAUCUGCAUGUUUACACUUAUAUUACAGAGCCGAAUUCGCAGCUCGAUCCGGAUCCGGAAUUCUUGGGCACCAUUAGUAAUGUCACAUAUCCGGCGGGACGUGAGGCGAUAUUGGCGUGUUCGGUGCGGAAUUUGGGUAAAAAUAAGGUCGGCUGGUUACGCGCUUCCGAUCAAACUGUGCUCGCACUGCAAGGUCGCGUUGUCACACACAAUGCUCGGAUAAGUGUCAUACAUGAAGAUGCUCACACUUGGAAAUUGAAGAUAAGCAAAUUGCGCGAAAGUGAUCGCGGUUGCUACAUGUGCCAAAUAAAUACGAGUCCAAUGAAAAAGCAAAUCGGUUGCAUCGAUGUACAAGUACCACCCGACAUCAUCAACGAGGAGUCGUCGGCCGAUUUGGCGGUGCAAGAGGGCGAGGAUGCCACAUUGACCUGCAAGGCGACCGGCAAUCCAAUGCCGCGCGUCAUCUGGCGUCGUGAAGAUGGUGAUAUGAUUUUAAUACGCAAGCCGGGGAGUCGUGAACUCAUGAAAGUGGAAUCCUAUAGUGGCUCGUCGUUGCGGCUGGUGCGCUUGGAGCGGCGCCAGAUGGGCGCUUACUUGUGCAUUGCAUCAAAUGAUGUCCCACCGGCAGUUAGUAAACGCGUUUCGCUCAGUGUACAAUUUGCCCCCAUGGUACGCGCUCCCAGCCAAUUGUUAGGCACACCACUCGGCUCCGACGUACAACUGGAAUGUCAUGUCGAGGCCUCACCAUCGCCUGUCUCCUAUUGGCUGAAGGGUGCCCGCACUCCCAGCGGCUAUGCGAGCAUCUCCAAUUCGAAUUUGGAAUCGGGACAGCCGGGGCCGGAAAUGCUGUUGGACGGUCCCAAAUAUGGCAUAACGGAAAAACGUGAUGGCUACCGUGGCGUGAUGCUGCUGGUCGUGCGCUCGUUCUCACCCUCCGAUGUUGGCACAUACCACUGCGUGAGCACGAAUUCCCUCGGCCGUGCAGAGGGCACUCUGAGGCUCUAUGAAAUCAAGUUGCAUCCCGGCAUCGCGUCCAUAAAUGAUGAUCAUCUCAAUUUUAUCAGUGGCAUCGAGGAGGCGGCGCGCGGUGGUGUUCCGGCGACUUCAUUAGCCACAAUUCUGAAGCUUCAUUUGGCAUUUUACAUGGCACAAUUGCUGUUUUCGACGUCGGUCACAGCACCGGCGGUUGGGCGGCAAGCGUAGUUUAUGUUCAAGUUGCGAGACUAAUGCAUUUAUUUAAUAUGUAUUUAGGUAUAUAGAUGUAUAAGUAUACAUAUUUACUUAGCAUGUUUGCUUGUUUGUUCGUUAGUUGGCUAACUAUGUUAAUACGAUUAAGGCGUAAUGGAUGCAUGGCGUUCAAAUCAAAAAGUGAUCUUUGAUCUUCGAAGUUCUCAAACUUAACUUAACAGUUAAUAAUAAUUUGUUUUUAUUCAGAAAAUUUAGAU